AUGAAUCAUAAUCUAAGUGAGAUAAAAGACCUCAAUAGCUUGUCCAACCGCGACUCUCGCUCAAAUUACUCGAUAGUUUCAGAUGAUUUGGGUUAGUAGUUAUUGUAAUUAAUAUUGGAAUAUUAACCCAAUCCCUAAGAUUAAUAUCUACUGGAACUCUCAAAGCAAAGAACAGUUGUAGAAAUAGACGAAAAAUUUAGAAAUUCUCAUAUUAACUAGACAUAUACUUUUCCAAGAAAAGUGACAGAGCGUGAUAGGAAUAAAGCAAGGGAAUUAUAGUAAAUUUUAGCUAAUAGUGCUUAAAAUAGCAAAGAAAUAAAUAAACAGUUUUAAUUCAAAGAAACAAAUAAAAAAAAUUGCUAAAAUGAAGGGAUAGUAAAUUAGGAAGCAAAAAAGGUGUUCAUAGAUGACAAGCAAAACUUUUAAUUUUAAAAUAAUGAGAACACUGAUGACAGUUUUUCUUCUCUUAACGAUGUUUCAUUUUACGAUCUAAAUUCUUAAAAUAAGAUUUGUUAAAAGUAAAUUUAGCAUUUACAAUUGAAUUAGCCAAAUCAUAAUGUAAAUAGUGCAUUAUAGUAAAUGAGCAAAGGAAAUUAAAUUCAGGUUUAAAAACCUCAAAAUUAAGGAAAUUAAUAAGAAUAAUAAAAUAAAAUAAAACAUUGUUACUACACCAAUCAAAACAAUUCAAAUUAGCAGAAUCUGACUUAAUUUAUAAAGACUACUACAACGAAUUAGAAAUAAUAACAAGCAGUUAAAAGUCAUGUCUAAACUGAUGCAAAUAAAAUAAAAUAGUCUGAUAUUGUUUAAAGCAAUUAUUAUGAUAAUGAUAUGAUUAACAUAGAAAUUAAUACUGGUGAUAAUAAUAAUUUCAAUUAGAAUAUUAAUAUAUCUAAAGAAGAAAUAGGAUUAUUGUAAUAGUAAAGACAACAAAAUAGUAAAUGUUAAUAGGGACUUAAAAAUAACCAGGUGUUACACUCAACUCAAUUGAAAAAAAAUACUUAAAUUCCUAAAGAGAGAAACUUUCAUGAAAUGGUUUCUUCAAAUUCAAAUUAACUUGUUGAUAAGUAAUAAAUUGAUAAUUAAAUGUAGAGAAUGCCUUUAACUGAAAAAAUUUCAAAUGCUAAACAUCUAAGUAACAUUGACUUCAUAAAUGAUGCCGCUUAAAUGUAAGCAUCUUCUUCAACAGGUACUACAACUGUAAUUGGAGAAUAAGUAAACUUAAGUAAAAAUAAAGUUAACACCAAUAAUAGCAAUAAAAGUGAUUUAAAUAUAAAACACUCAAAAAUGGCUUUUAGUUAAGUAGAAGGAGUUUUUACAGAAGCAGAUGAAAUUGAUGAAGACACUUAGCAUUAAACAAGGGAAGAAUGGGUACAAUCAAUGAUUGAUCAAAAAGCAAAAGCUGAUUCUUCUAAAUAGUAGAAAAUAGGAUGGAUGUAUACAGAAGGAGAUAUUCAAAAUAAAUCUCCUCAAAAGCAAUAUUACAAUGUUCCAACAACCCAACAACAACAGGUUAAUGCAAAAGUAAGAAAACUGAAGAUUGCUUCUUUUCACUAAGGCUAGAAAGAUUAAAAUCAAAAACUAAUUUAGAGUUUAUCUCUGCAUAAUUAAUUUGACUAGAUUUCAAAUAUGCCAAACACCAAUCAUGCAUUACCUCAGACAGUAUAUAAUAAAUAAAAUUUUCAAUAAAAAAGUUAAAAUUAAAACUUUGAAAAAACUAAUUUUUCCAACUAACUUAAAAUGGGUGGAAUCAACACAAAUUUUCUUUAUGAUAUAAACGAAAUACAGAUAAACACUCAAUUAGCAAAUUUGACAAGUAAGUCAAGCAAGUAAGAAAAUAUAAUGAAUACAUGUUCAGCUACUUAGUAACCUCAAGAAAUUAAUAAAGUAAUAAAAUACCCUUUUUGUAUUUAGAAUAACCUUAAUAAUGGCAACAAUAAUAAUGCGGCUUUCAAGCAAUAAAAUUAUUUAUCAGAAAAUAAAUUGAGUAAAAUUAUUUAGUCAUAACAAAUGAAUUAAACUUAGCAAAAUACAGUUGCAUAAAAUAAUAUAUAAAAUUUAAGCUAAACUUCUAAAAUUAUAAAUAUGAGUUUAGAUUAUUAAACCUAAGAUACACGCUUUACUCCUCUUCGUUCAAAUAAAAUUCCAUCUUAAGUAAACAGAAAUAAUUCGCAAUUAUAAAAUCCUAAUUCGACAAGUCAUCUCAAUAAUUAUAUUUCAUGUGGAGAUGAAAAGAAUAGAUCUGUAAGCAAUAGCAACAAUCUUGAAUAUUCCUUAUCAAAAUCUACCAAAAAUAAGAAUUUAAAUAUUUCGCUUUCAGUUACAAAAGGGUCUGCUUUAAAGGAUGAACCCUUUUAAUAAGAAGCCAUAUAAACUUAGUCUUAAUUUAACUAAAUUCACAAAAGAAAUUAGGCAAGCAUCCGUAAGCUAAGACCAAAAAUAAAUUUUGAUGGAAUGUCAAAUGACUUUAGUGAUUUAAUACCAACCAGCUCCAAAGAAUAAAAUUUUACUUAAAUAGAUUUAUCUCCUUAUACUUAAAUUUCUAAGCAUAUCAGAAGCAAUACUAUAAAUAAUUACCACAUGAAACCUCCUACAACAAAGAAUUCUCACUAGCGCUAACCAUCUGAUAAUGCUUUAAGAAGCAGUGCCACUAAUAGAGUUGUUUCUGAGUAAAGCUAAGAGAAAAUUAAAACUGCCAACUUUAGCUCCUGUGCAAAUGAAGUUGAUGGUAAUAACUCAAGUAAUAAAGUUAUGUUAGCAGAUUCUACAAAGUCGAAUGUUAGAUUCCCAUAAACAUAUAAUAACUAAAAAGUAAAAAGAACGCUAAAAAUAUAAAGCUGCAAAUACAACUCUUAAAAAAAUUAGUUGUUAUAGGAACAGUUCAGAAAUUCAAAUUAAUAUCAUGGAAAUAUGCCUAAUUCUACUAAAAAUACUUAUUAAAUAUAACCUUUAUAACCUUGUUUUGAAGAUGAACUGACUUAGAAUAAAAAUGCAAUUAAAUUAGAAUAGUAAAAGUUAUCAAUGCUGAGAAAAGAAAACUUAAAUAGCUUUGAAAAUAAAGCAAGAUUUUCUUAAAGCUAAUAGCAAAGCAAUUAAUUAAAUCAACAGAAGCAUAUUUUAAGUAAUAAAAGCUACUUGAGUAAAGAAAAGCCUAUUAAAGAAGCAGGACAAUUGUAAAACUAUGAAAGAAGGUAUUUAAAAACUGAUGGGGAUGACCAAAAUGAUGGUAGUAUAUUCUUGAAUGAUAAUAUUCUGUUUUAAAAUAGCAAAGAGUUCGAUAAAAAUUCUUAGGUUUAAAUUUCUUUGCAUAAAAAUUAUAGUGCAAAUAGUGAAUUUAAUUUAAAUGAAUUUUCAGGCAAAAAAAUAACUAAAUAAAACUUUAAUUAAAAUUGUUUUAAGGAGGAUAAAUUUCAACAAAAUUCUAAAAGUAAAUCAGAAGAAAAUAGAAUCAGCUUAAAAUCAAAUUAAGUUUAAGCAGUUAAUACCAAUCAAUAUGAUCAAGUAAAAAAGAAAUAUUUCCAUAAAACUAAUUCUAUUGGUAAAUCUCUAACCAGUACAUAACCUUUGACACUAGAUAGUUAUUCAACAGAUAAUCCAACCUCUAACUAGUAAAGUGAUAAUUAUUCUAUUAAUAGCAACUCAAAUAAUAAGUAGAAAGCUAGCUGUCCAUAAAAAUAGGAAAGCACAUAAAAUAUAAAAGAUAACAAAAAUUAGGUUCUCUGCUAUGAAAAUACCAUGAAUUCCUAUAAUAAUAAAUGUGAUGAGGAAAGUAAAGUAUCAAAUUCUGAAUAAACCAAUCAAAGAAUAAGUAGUAAAAUAAAAAAAGCUGUACAAAAUAUUAAUGAGGAAAAUUUCAAAAACGAAGAGUGUGAAGAAAAAUAAAUUUAGAUUAGCAAAAAACCUGAAUAGCUAAAUUAAAUCUUGGUGCAACAUAUGCAUAAAGAAACCAAGCCACAACAAUAAAACUAAAAUGGAGUAAGAUAAGUCAAAAAAAUGGCUUAUAAUACCUCAGCAAACAAUAAAAAUGCUUAUUAAAAUAUGAGUUAUACAUAAGAAAGUUAGAAUUUUAAUUAAGAUAGUUAAGUUUAGAAUAGAAAAUUGGUGGCAUGCUCUUUACACGAAGAUAAUCUAAAAAGUUAUUAAAUAGAUCCUAUUAGUAAGUAGCCAUUGCUAUAACAGGAGAAUUCUAAUCAACUUUAAAAGCUUGAAUACCUAAAAAGUAGUGCAAUAUCUACAGCUUCAACUUAAAUAGGAGUUACCCAGUAAAAAGUAAUAAAUAAAACUGUUGCAUAUGACAGUAUCCAAGUCAAGCAAAAUAACAAUCCUUCAGCUCUUAGGUAAAAAGCGGCUUAAACUCCUUCAUCUCUUUCUGUAAAUACAGACUAAUAGAUAAAUGGAGUAAACAAUUUAACUAGAGAAAUUGGUAGCACUUAUUUAGGUUCACAUGUCACAGCUUGUAGUACAUAAAGCAAUUAAAGCAAGAACAAAAGCCCUUUGAAAUAAAAUUUAAUUUUACCUACUAAUUUAUAAAAUAACAAUGGACCUGUUCUUCCCUAAUACUCUUCUUCAACCCGUAAUCAAAAUACAGUUAGUUUAUUUAAAAAGAAAUCAAAUUAACUUUAUUCAUCAGUAUCAUAUCAAUCGCAGAAUCAAACAAAUUUAUCAACACAAUUAUGA